GACUUGAUUGACGUUCGUAUCCAAGAUGGCAGACAGGCCGCUGGAGCCGUGAUGGUACGAAAUCGUAGGAGUUCAAUUUUUAGGUGUGUCUUUCUAAAUAUCGAACUAGAAUGUCUCGCGAAUUAAUAAGAAAAACCUCGUGCGAACGUUGUGACAAUGUAAAGGUGCGCCACCGCGUCCUGUGCGCUUGGUUUAGGUAACAAUUGAUGCCGGAACAUACUAAAACGGUGAUCGGUAAUCUUGUGUUGUUCGGUGUGCCGUGUCCGACAAGUAUUCUAAGUUUGGUGUUAAAUUAAAAUGUGGAAUAUGAUGUGCGACGUGAUGCCCACGAUAUCUGAAGACAGUAUUAGCCAGAGGAGUUCGCAGUUCUCUGGUGAAGAUGCUAAUUUCGAGCAGCUUAUGGUGUCGAUGCUGGACGAGCGAGAUAAGCUCGUGGAGUCGUUGCGGGAGACUCAGGAGCGGCUCGGGGACUCUGAGCAGCGCCUCAAGGAGGUGGAGAAGGAGCGGGACUCGCUGCACCGCCAGAUCGCCGCCAACUUGCCUCAGGAGUUCGCGACAUUGACGAAGGAGCUCAACCAGGCCCGGGAACAGCUGCUAGAGAGAGAAGAAGAGAUCUCGGAGCUCAAGGCAGAGAGGAACAACACCAGGCUACUCCUCGAGCACCUAGAAUGUCUGGUGUCGCGGCACGAGCGCUCGCUGCGCAUGACGGUGGUGAAGCGGCAGGCGGCCGCGCAGUCCGGCGUGUCUUCAGAAGUGGAGGUGCUGAAGGCGCUGAAGAGCUUGUUCGAGCACCACAAGGCUUUGGACGAGAAGGUCCGAGAGCGGUUGCGAGUGGCGUUAGAAAGGAACACAGCUUUAGAAGAAGAAUUAGCUUUAACCAAAGAAGAGCUUCAGCAAUACAAAUCCAAUGGUGGCCAAGAUGGCGACAAACCAAAGGAGAACGGCACAGUGCAGACCGGCUCGCCCGAGCAGAACGGAGAGCCGCCGCAACAUAAGGAGCAAAAUAGUACGGACUUGGAGUCUGGCAAGACGAAAGUCACUGAACUACAAAACACUAUCGCCAAACAGUCGGCAGAGCUAUCCUCGUGGCAGCGGCGCGUGGCGGAACUAAACAACAAGAUGGCGGAGGUCGAGGAGAGACUCGCGAAGGGCGAGAAGGAGCUGGUGAAGAAACAGGAAGAGUGCAUCAAGCUACAGAGGGACUUGAGGGAGAACGUCGCGCAGAAGGAGGAUCAGGAGGAGCGCAUAGCCACGCUAGAGAAACGCUACCUGAACGCGCAGCGCGAGUCCACGUCGCUGCACGACCUCAACGAGAAGCUGGAGCAGGAGCUGCAGCACAAGCAGGCGCAGCUGAAGCUCCAAGAAGAGAAGAUAGCCGCCAUCGAAGAGAAGCUAGAGCUGUCCACACAGAAGCUGGCUCAGAUGUCGUCACUUCCAGAGAUGGAGGAGCAGCUGAAGGCCCGCAUGGAAGCGCUCAACCAGGUCGGUGCGCAAGAGCGUCACGGCUCGGCGGAGGAGCGCAUCCAGCGCAUGGAGGCGAGCGUGGAGGAGAAGAACGCCGAGCUCGUGCGCCUCAACCAGCGCUUGCGCAUGAACGAGGAGCAUAAUACCAGGCUGUCGGCGACCGUGGAUAAGCUGCUGGCUGAGAGCAAUGACAGGUUACAAGUGCACCUCAAGGAGCGCAUGCACGGGCUCGACGAGAAGAACGCGUUAACGCAAGAACUGGAAAAAACACGCAAGUACGCGGAGCAACUGCAGCACGACAAACAGGACGUGCUAAAGGAACUGGCCAAGUGGAGGCUCGAGACUGAACAGCUGAAACGGCAGAUGCUCCAGCAAGAGAUAGCGUUCAACAUCCAGCAGACGGAUGCGCUGACCCGCUCGCUGUCGCCCGGCGCGCCGCCGCCGCAGCAGCAGCCGGGCAUGUUCCAGGGGAAGCUGGACGGUUCGUGGGAGAAACUGCAACAAGCCCACGUGCUCGCGAACGUGCAACAAGCCUUCGACGUGUCCAGCGAUGCGGAGAACGACGAAUCCGACGGCGGCGUGGAAGGCCACACGGACGCGGCGGCGCUCGCUCUCAUGCUACAAGAGCAACUGGACGCCAUCAACACAGAGAUACGACUCAUACAGGAGGAAAAACAGAGCACUGAGGCCAGGGCCGAGGAACUGGAGUCUCGGAGGGCGGACGGGGCCGAGCUUCACCGCUGCCUCUCCAUGGCCAAUUACUUCAACGCUAUGCAGCAGGUGGGCAGCUAUGAACACAUGAACGUGGUGUCGCGCCGCGGGGAGUCCCCCCCGCUCGCCGCGUCCCCCUCGCGGCCCCAUCUCGCGCCGCAUCAUAAGUACCAUACGGCACCAGCGUCGAUGUCCCCCGCGCACGGACACUACAGGGUGUCCCAGUCGUCAGAGAGCCUGCCGUCGAGCCAGCUACAGCUAUGCGAGGACCAGUCCAUGGGCCCGCCACCAGAGGGCGCGGAGUCCCCGCUGACGGCUCGCUCCCUGCGACUAGAGCGGGCGGCGCGCGCCCUGCACGCCGAGCGAGACCGGCUGCGCACGCAUUAUCAGCCGCCGCAGGACACAUGGAAUUUCGAAGAGUACGAUAGGACUUCAAUGAUGUCUGGAAGUAUGGCCAGGAUACCAAUACACAGCAGUUCAAGCCAAGAAUCCCUGGGCGGGCUAAGCGCGUCAGCGUGGGGCGGCGGCGGCGCGUCCCCGCUCUUGCCUCGGGGGGUCACCGCCGCCGCGUCCGCCGUGUCCAUAGCAUCUAUGCACCAGCAGAAGAAGCGGGGGAUCAAGAGCUCGCUCGGACGCUUCUUUAGCAAGAAGGAGAAGGGGCUGAUGCCGAUGGCGCCAUCAGGCUCCCAAGUGCUGGCCCCGGGCGGCGCCGGCGGCGCGUCGCGCUCGCUGUCGUCCGCGUCGUCGCUGGGGCUGGCCGCGCUGGCCGACGACCCCGACCAGCACCAGCAGCACCCGGACUACGCACGGACCAAGAAGAAAGACCGCGACUACCGCCACGAGCUCCUCGGAGAAGCCAUGCGCGCCGGCACCCCCUUCGCGCUCUGGAACGGGCCCACCGUGGUGGCGUGGCUGGAGCUGUGGGUGGGCAUGCCCGCGUGGUAUGUCGCCGCGUGUCGCGCUAACGUCAAGAGCGGCGCUAUAAUGUCGGCGCUGAGCGACCAGGAGAUACAGCGGGAGAUCGGUAUAAGCAACCCUCUCCACCGACUGAAGCUCCGUCUCGCCAUACAAGAGAUGGUGUCUCUGACGUCACCAUCAGCCCCGCGAGGCACCGCCUGCGCCGCGCUCGCCUUCGGGGACAUGAACCACGAGUGGAUCGGGAACUGCUGGCUGCCCGACCUGGGUCUGCCGCAGUACCGCACGACGUUCAUGGAGUGCCUGGUGGACGCGCGCAUGCUCGAGCACCUCACCAAGCGCGACCUGCGCACGCAGCUAAAGAUGGUCGACAGCUUUCACAGAACAUCCCUGCACUUCGGCGUGGCCUGUCUAAAGCGCGUGGGCUACUCCGUGCGAGCGCUAGAAGAGCGGCGGCGCGCCGGCGAGACUCACUGCCGAGACGUGCUGGUGUGGAGCAACGAGCGGCUGCAGCGCUGGCUGCACGCCAUCAACCUCAAGGAAUAUGCGAACAAUCUAGUGGAGAGCGGCGUGCACGGCGCGCUCAUAGCGUUAGACGACAGUUUCGACGCCAACAGCAUGGCGCUGGCUCUGCAGAUACCUACGCAGAAUACACAGGCUCGACAAAUCCUCGAAGUAGAAUUCGCGGCGCUGCUCGCGACGGGCACCGAGCGAGGCACCCGGCCGCACGCGCCUGACCACGCCGCGCAGCAGUCCUGACAUCACACCAUGAACUAAACAACAGCGGCUACAUGAACGCACGUCGCAAGCAACAUGAACGCAGCAGCCCAGUUUGUGGCUACAUGAACGCAGGAUGCCGAGACGCAAUGGCGCGAAAUGAAACAGUUGAAUGAAAAACUGUUUGUGUGAUCGGAACUGUACAAAGUGUGGUUUAGAAUGUACGCGAUCGGUUAGUGAAGGUACUUUAAUGUGUUUGUAUUUAAUUAGCUCAGAUAACAACCGUUUGAAUGUGUAUAGGAAAGUGUGUGCUGCCAUCUUCUCAAUAUUGCGUAAACUUAUAAAUUCUUGGUAAAUUAUUAUAUAUAUAUAAUCGAAUAUUAUACGUAGCGAUGUUUGCUUCAGAAUAUAACACGAGGAACUCGAGUCUACUGUAGAUUUACUUGUACUUAAAACAUAUUCCUCUUAUAUAUUACCUACCUACCUAAAUUAAAUAGUACAUUUCAUACUCUGAUGCCAAAUAUUAGUUAAUGGUUUAACUAAUAUAUUUAGAGUUAUGGUGUAAGUGAAAACUGUUAUAAAGUCGCGAUAUUGAAAUUAAAUAUUACUGACAAAAUUCAUAAAUUACUCUAAGAAACUGGUUAGAGCAGAGAAUACUUUACUAUCGUUGAUGGGAAAGAAGAAAAAAUGAUGAAAAGAGUGAUUCAAAGAUGUUAUGGGUAGUCUACAAUAUUCGUGAUGGACACUAGUACCUCAUGGCUCAAACGCAAGUUCAUAAUUAAAUGCUAGAUCGUUUACAAUAUGAGUCUCUUUCAUCAAGAACGAAAGUAAGCAUAAGUGCAUUUCCACGUAUCAUGAAGGUCUAAGCUAGGGAAGGUUGGUCUGUCUGCGUCGAUGGAUACCAGUCUAAGUGCCUCGCCGAGGUUUGUACAUAGCUUUAUGUAGGUAACUGUGUGCCUCUCCGUACUUUUAUACUUUUCUAUAACCCAAUGUCAUUUAUUUCUAAUACUCUCAAAAUUAUCGCUUCUUGAAUAAGCUCUUCUAUCUCGACAUUAUAUUAACUUCAGAAUAAGGGCUCGGAAAAAUCAACGAGUGCAAUAUAUGUCUCGUUGAAUUCGCUGGACCUUCAACUGUUUUCUGUGAGAUUUACUGCGGGAGCACACAAAACUAGUCGUUGUACAGUGUUGAGAGGCGUUGUUUAACUAUUUUAUGAUCGCAAACAGACAUUAUUAUGAAAUAACUGUAGUUAGUAUAUUUUUGUUACGCCUUUACAGAUGGUGUCUGUAUUCCAUGAUAGUUAUGUUGUACCCACGGCUCAGGCGGCCCUGAGUUUUGUUAUGGCAUGACUCAAAAAUAACCUCAUAUAAUAAUGGUUAUGUAAAUACCGAUGCAGUUAUAUUUAAUUUUAGCUCUACUUAAUAGUUGUACACAAUAAAUACUUGCAGAAUAGCCUAUAAAAGGAAACUCCACUCCCGUGAAAUAUUUGUUAAAUUCUGCAGUACGUGCCUUUGGUAUUCUGAACUAAAUAAUUAUUUAACAUUAAUUUAUACUUUACUAAACAAAUGAAACAAUUUUUUUGAAUGGAGGUAUUGUUUUUGCAAGACAGUAUUUUCCAUGUUCGGGAAUGUGCCGGCCAGUGUAAAUUGUUACUGGCGUGUAAUUUUAAUUGUGUACAACUUAUUGCGGAAUCCCUACAAUUAAAUAUUCGAUCGUAUUGUAUGACUAAUCGUUGAGGACUCUUUAGUAGAAUAUGUACAUAUGGUUUGUUCGUAUAUAAAUCAUUUAUGAUGAUUAGGGAACUAUCGACUAUAGCAAUAUUUAGCUAGAUAGUUAGGAUGUGUUCAAAUAUUAUAUCAAUAGUUUAUUUUUGCAUUAUUUUAUAAACAAUUUAAGUGGAAAUAGUAGGUAUUUAUUUUACACAUUAGUCUUCUAAGUUUAUUUAUUUUAAUAAUCCAUGUAAUGAAAGCGUAAAGGGAUUUUAUACAAACAUUAGAAUUUUAUUUUGUUAGAAUUAUUUUAUAGGAUCUACUUACAUUAUUUCUUUAUGAAAUCACAACUUUUUAUUAAGUUUUAUCUCCCUUUAGGACAUAAUUAUUUGAUUCGCGUGAAGGUUGGUGUAUUUGAGCUCCUGAGUGUAUUUUAAAAUUAAAUAGAUUUCAAGAAUGAUGUAUGAUAAAAUUAGGACGAGUUAUUCGCAUAACAGUAUUAAAUAAAUAUUAGAAAUUGUUAAAACGUGUGGCCACCGGUGUGAUUAUAUUAUAAAAGCUAUUCAUAUAAAUCUUUCUUAUAAAAAUCUUAAUAUAGUGAAUAAUAUCAAGGUUUCGUGUUUCCGUUUAAAACAUUUUUCAUACAUUAUAAAGUUUUCGACUCGAGCCGGAUUAACGCGAAGCCUUGAUAUUAUUCACAGGACCUUGUACCUACGUAUUUUACAACUUUGCCACUUGAGGAAAAACUGGACUAUAUUUUAAUAUUAUAAACAACAUAAUCCAUGUACAGAAUAAGUUGUUCAUCUCGGUACUCAUAUACCUACUAUCGCCUAGAUACUGAUUUAGGUUUCCAACCUGUGUUUAUUACCGAGGAUUCCAUUUGUUCCGCUUAGUGUGCUUUGUAUACGUAUGGACAACUCAGCAAGUGUUGCAACAUCGACACAUCUAUGUAACUCUCCUUUGCCACAGUUCUGUGCCUUAACUAAAAAGAAAUAUCAUUUACUGCUAACAUGAAAGAACCACAUGAAGAGUAGUGAUAUUUAUCUACCUCUAUAGUAUACUACUGAUACAAUCUCUCGAUGCUCUUAAUUAUAAGAGAAUACGUGUCAAUGUUGCAACACACGGCUGCAGCAUGAUAUGACAUAGAAUAAAAGAAAAACGGAGACAAAACACAAUGAAUUGUCUCCUUAUAUCAUUCAUACACAUCAAAUUGUUUCACUAUCAAAUAUAUAUAUUGUAACAUGUUUUAUAAGCAAGUAUGAUAUGUUAACAGAUAGUUAUUUGUUAGGGUAUACUGUAUAGCUUUCGGCGUAGCGACUUUUGUAUAAAACUAUAAUUUCAUAGAGAUGACCGCUGUGCGGCCUGAGAAGGCUAGAACAAUGUAAUGAUUUACUGUCAAAUGACCAUAUAAUAUAAAUAGAAUAGGUAACGUCGUCCGUCUGAUCCCCCCCUCCCCUCCCUUGCCGGGGGUCUCGGCUCUCAUCCGUAUUCAUUGCUAAGUUGCAGUUGGACAGAGUUUAUUUUCAGAUUGGAUUAGAUUCUGCUGUCCUGUAGUGUACAAAUGUAACAUUCCAGAAUGAAAAACACUUCAGGGUUAAUCAUGCUCGUUUUGUAACCGAAAAUAUAUUGUAGCUCCCAGAGUAACGUCUAAAGUGCCAAUUUAUUCUAAAUUUGUGAUGGCAAUGGAUAGAGAUCAGGCCAGGCCUCCGUAGAACAAUAACUAUAACGUGGUUCCUGCGAACAUUCCACCCUCGAACAAACCGACUCCACUCCCAGCGGCUCGCGCUACCAAAGACUAAAGUUACCUUCACGUUAAGAAAUGUUUGUAAAAUAGAAUUUUUAGAGAAAUUCAAAUGUAUAUAAUUUUGUAUUAUGUGUUGCAUAGAGCUUCGAUUUAUUUAGGCAGUUGUGAAAAUGUAUUUAUCGGUAAAUACUUAUCGUAUAUAGUCAACUACCCAGUUUCUCAGAUUAAAUGGUUUCUGAUAAAAAAAUACUUGUAUUCGGCGAAUAUUAACAUUCCACGCUUUCUGUGUAAUUAAACUAACCGCUUGCAGCCCAGACAUUCAUGUAUAACGAGUCCUGUUAGCGAAAUGUGCAGGGGCAUAUAAUGAAGUGUCUAAAUCCAAAAUUGUUAAUCUAGGCAAUUAUUAUUUUGACCAAUGUAAUCUGAACUACUGUGUAACCUUUGUAAAAAUAUUUAUCAAUUGUGCGAUGACGGAGGUACGUUAUGCAUAAUGAUAACAAGUAAAUACAAUUUACACGAUU